CGGUUCAAUUAUUCAUCGUCGACUCGUCAGUGUCUACCAAACCUUAAAAACGCUCACGCUCACGCUCACGCUCACGCUCACGCUCAUCUCCGAUCGGCUACGUUCUGGUGAUCCUCUCAACUCAUCGAUUUCGAAAGCAAAGUUAAGCUGAGGAUUGGAGGAAGAUGUCACAAGGAUGGUUCUCGAUGAGCAGCGGAGAUCAGCAGAAGGAGCAGCAGAAUCAAUCGGGAUCAUCUCUGCUCGCGGACUGGAAUUCAUACGCAGCCUCUAGAGAUGUCGAAGAAGGUGGCGGAAGCUUCGGUUUCGAUAUCGAAUCCGCCGUUAGAUCUGCCAACGACACCGUUUCGGGCACCUUCAGCGUUGUUUCAAAGGGAGUGAGAGAUAUUCCUGGGAGCCUGUCGUCAGCAACCAGCAGCAUGCCUUCAGGGAAAGCCCUCAUGUAUUUCGGUUUACUUCUCGCGAGCGGUGUAUUCUUCAUCUUCAUUGCCUUCACUAUGUUCCUUCCAGUCAUGGUGCUUAUGCCUCAGAAAUUUGCUAUUUGUUUCACCCUUGGAUGUGGAUUUAUCAUCGGAUCUUUCUUCGCACUUCGUGGCCCACAGAAUCAGCUCGCACACAUGACAUCCAUGGAGAGGCUUCCGUUAACCAUAGGUUUCAUUGCCACCAUGGUUGGUACCAUUUACGUAUCCAUGGUUCUCCACAGCUACAUUCUCUCGGUGCUUUUCUCUGUCUUACAGGUGCUUGCGUUGGUUUACUACUGUAUAUCAUACUUCCCUGGUGGAUCAUCGGGCAUGAAGUUCCUCGGUUCGGCUCUUACCUCAUCUGUUCUAAGAGUUUUUGGGAGAUGAGCUUUUCGCAGCCAAUCUCGGAAAAAGGACAGAACUUUACUUCUCUGGUGUAUAAAGAAAAGAUGUCAGAGCUUUUUUCGUGUUCUAAUUAACAUAGAUUUGAUGAAAAAUGUUUUGUUUGAAAAGACAAAUUGUAAUGGAAAAAUAUGUUGAAGGAAGAACUCAAGUAGCAAAUAUAUCAUAUGUUUAUU